UGCGCGGAGAGGGUGGCGGCAGCGCUGAGCACAAACUCCGGAGGGAAAGCGGCGCUGCCGGUCUCCGCCCCCCGCCCUCCACACACACCCCGUAGCGGGAAGGGGGAAGCGAGCGGCCCGCUCCCCCUCCCCCCCCGGUCCCGGCUGUGCACGGUCCUGCCCGGGGGCUCGGCGGCGGCGGGCGGUGUGCCCGUGGCGGAAGGCGAGCGGCGGGCAGCUGGGGCCUGGAGCCGUCGCUGCAGGAGGGGAAGAGCGGGGUGUUCCCGCGGCGCGGGUGGAUGCGCAGCCCGGAGGGCGGCUCCUGCGGCGGCUCCUGCGGCCUCCCCAUGGCUGUGCCCCGACAGUGAAGGCAGCGGGAGCCGCCUGUGUCCGCGCCGCGCCAGGAGGCGGCGCCGCCGCAAGCAGGGGGCGGGCGGGGAGGGGGAUGAGCAGCGCCGCAGCCGCCGCCGCCUCUGCGGGAGCUGCCGCCGCCUGCGCCGGGGCCGAGCGGGGCUUCUCCUCCUCCUCCGGCGGCGCCGCUCCGGCCAUGGGGCCCAUGGGGCCCGAGGAGGGCUCGGCCGGCGGGCUGGGAGCCCUGCCCGCGCCGCCGCUGGGCUGCAGGAGCCGCUACCAGCUGCUGCUCUCCGGGAAGGCCCUGGCCGACAGAUACCGGCGGAUUUACACGGCGGCGCUGAGCGACAGGGAGCUGGGGAGCCACCCGGGCAGAAGUAAGAAACUUUUUAGCAAGAAAAAAUUGAAAAGAAAACAGAAGACUAAAUUGAAAGUAAAAACACGCAACAAGACUGAAAACCUAGAGAGUACAAUAACCAUACCAGAUAUCAGAUUACAUAGCAAUCCCUCAGCAUUUAAUGUUUACUGCAAUGUCCGCCAUUGUGUGUUGGAAUGGCAGAAGAAGGAAGCAUCUGUAUCUUUGGCUUCAAAGAACAGUGUACAAAGUGGGGAUUCGGACAGUGAUGAAGAAGAGGAAUCCAAAGAACCGCCUAUUAAACUUCCAAAGAUCAUCGAAGUUGGAUUAUGUGAAGUCUUUGAACUUAUAAAGGAGACAAGAUUUUCUCAUCCAUCCUUGUGUCUCAGGAGCCUACAAGCUCUACUUAAUGUACUCCAAGGUCAACAACCAGAAGGCCUGCAAUCAGAGCCUCCUGAAGUCCUAGAAUCCCUGUUCCAGCUGCUUCUGGAAAUAACUGUCCGUAGCACGGGAAUGAAUGACAGUACAGGACAGUCCUUGACAGCACUUUCCUGCGCUUGCCUCUUCAGUUUGGUAGCUGCAUGGGGAGAGACAGGAAGAACGUUGCAAGCAAUCUCUGCAAUCCUCACCAAUAAUGGCAGCCACGCUUGUCAGACUAUUCAGGUGCCAACCAUUUUAAACUCUCUUCAGAGGAGUGUACAGGCAGUUUUGGUGGGCAAAAUCCAAAUCCAGGACUGGUUCAGUAAUGGGAUAAAGAAGGCAGCCUUGAUGCACAAGUGGCCGUUGAAAGAAAUAUCUGUAGAUGAUGACGACCAGUGCCUACUUCAGAGUGAUGGUUUUUUCCUCUAUCUCUUAUGUAAAGAUGGACUUUACAAAAUUGGCUCUGGAUAUAGCGGGACAGUGAGGGGCCAUAUAUACAAUUCUACAUCCCGCAUCAAAAACAGAAAAGAAAAAAAGUCUUGGUUAGGUUAUGCUCAGGGUUAUUUAUUAUAUAGAGAUGCGAAUAAUCACAGUAUGACAGCCAUAAGAAUAAACCCUGAAACUUUGGAACAAGACGGUACAGUUGCUUUGCCAGAUUGUCAUACUGAAGGGCAGAAUAUCCUUUUCACUGAUGGAGAAUAUAUUAAUCAAAUAGCAGCAUCUAGAGAUGAUGGCUUUGUAGUGCGAAUAUUUGCCACAAGUACUGAGCCGGUACUGCAACAAGAACUGCAGCUGAAGCUUGCAAGAAAAUGCUUACAUGCCUGUGGCAUCUCAUUGUUUGAUCUGGAGAAAGAUUUGCACAUUAUCAGUACAGGGUUUGAUGAGGAAUCAGCUGUCCUUGGUGCUGGAAGAGAGUUUGCACUGAUGAAAACUGCUAGUGGAAAGAUUUAUUAUACUGGCAAAUAUCAGAGCCUUGGAAUCAAACAAGGUGGCCCUUCAGCUGGCAAAUGGGUUGAACUCCCAAUCACAAAAUCUCCAAAGAUUAUUCAGUUUUCUGUUGGACAUGAUGGCUCACAUGCCUUACUUGUUGCUGAGGAUGGAAGCAUAUUCUUCACAGGUUCUGCUAGUAAAGGAGAGGAUGGUGAAUCGACUAAAAGCAGACGGCAGUCAAAACCAUAUAAGCCUAAAAAAAUUAUUAAAAUGGAAGGAAAGAUUGUCAUAUCUACAGCGUGCAAUAAUGGAAGCAGUUCUGUAAUUUCAAAAGAUGGAGAACUCUACAUGUUUGGAAAAGAUGCUAUUUACUCUGAUAGUACAAGUUUAGUAACAGAUUUGAAAGGCCAUUUUGUGACUCAAGUAGCCAUGGGCAAAGCUCACACCUGUGUGUUAAUGAAGAACGGGGAAGUUUGGACAUUCGGUGUAAAUAAUAAAGGACAGUGUGGACGAGACACAGGCUCCAUGAGCCAGGGAGGAAAAGGUUUUGGAGUUGAGAACAUGGCUACAGCAAUGGAUGAAGACCUGGAAGAGGAACUGGAUGAAAAAGAUGAGAAGUCCAUGAUGUGUCCUCCAGGCAUGCAUAAAUGGAAGCUGGAGCAGUGUAUGGUGUGCACUGUAUGUGGAGAUUGCACAGGCUAUGGAGCUAGCUGUGUUAGUAGUGGGCGUCCUGAUAGAGUACCUGGAGGAAUCUGUGGUUGUGGCUCAGGUGAGUCAGGCUGUGCCGUAUGUGGGUGCUGCAAGGCAUGUGCUAGAGAACUGGAUGGCCAGGAAGCAAGGCAAAGAGGAAUCCUUGAUGCUGUAAAAGAGAUGAUACCUUUAGAUCUCUUGCUGGCUGUCCCUGUUCCUGGAGUUAAUAUUGAAGAACACCUUCAGUUACGACAAGAAGAAAAGCGGCAACGCGUCAAUAGGAGACACAGAUUGGAAGAGGGAAGAGGCCCCCUUGUAUUUCCUGGUCCUAUUUUUAUGAACCAUCGAGAGCAGGCUCUAGCCAGAAUCAGACCCCAUCCAGCACAGCUAAAGCAUAAACGGGACAAGCACAAAGAUGGAAGUGGAGAAAGAGGUGAGAAGGAUGCCAGCAAAAUCACAACCUAUCCACCAGGGGCUGUCCGCUUUGACUGUGAACUGCGAGCUGUACAAGUCAGUUGUGGAUUUCACCAUUCAGUGGUUUUGAUGGAGAAUGGUGAUGUUUACACAUUUGGAUAUGGGCAGCAUGGGCAACUUGGACACGGUGAUGUUAAUUCCAGGGGAUGUCCCACUUUGGUGCAAGCAUUACCAGGUCCUAGUACACAAGUUACUGCUGGGAGCAACCAUACAGCUAUUCUCUUAAUGGAUGGCCAAGUUUUCACGUUUGGAAGUUUCUCAAAAGGUCAGCUUGGUAGACCAAUUUUGGAUAUGCCCUACUGGAAUGCAAAGCCAGCACCUAUGCCUAAUAUAGGCUCCAAAUACGGACGCAAAGCUACAUGGAUUGGAGCGAGUGGAGACCAGACUUUUCUCCGGAUCGAUGAAGCUCUUAUUAAUUCUCAUGUGCUUGCUACAUCAGAGAUAUUUGCAAGCAGGCAUAUAAUAGGUUUGGUACCAGCUUCAAUAUCAGAACCUCCUCCUUUUAAAUGUCUUCUGAUAAACAAAGUAGAUGGCAGUUGCAAAACAUUCAAUGAUUCUGAGCAGGAAGACCUUCAAGGUUCUGGUGUGUGUCUGGAUCCUGUCUAUGAUGUUAUUUGGAGGUUUCGACCAAAUGCUAGGGAACUCUGGAGUUACAAUGCAGUAGUUGCUGAUUCCAGACUUCCAUCAGCUCCAGACAUUCAAUCCCGGUGUAGUAUUUUGAGUCCAGAACUUGCUCUACCAACAGGUUCCAAAGCUCUAACAACCAGAUCUCAUGCAGCUUUGCACAUUCUAGGUUGUCUUGAUACUUUGGCUGCUAUGCAGGACUUAAAAAUGGGUGUAGCAAAUACAGAAGAAGAAACUCAAGCAGUAAUGAAGGUUUAUUCUAAAGAAGACUAUAGUGUUGUUAACAGAUUUGAAAGUCAUGGAGGAGGCUGGGGUUAUUCAGCCCACUCAGUAGAAGCUAUCCGUUUCUGUGCUGAUACGGAUAUUCUGUUAGGUGGUCUUGGUCUUUUUGGUGGUAGAGGUGAAUACACUGCUAAAAUAAAGUUGUUUGAAUUGGGUCCAGAUGGGGGAGACCAUGAGACUGAUGGAGACCUUCUUGCUGAGACAGAUGUCUUAGCAUAUGAUUGUGCUGCUAGAGAGAAAUAUGCAAUGAUGUUUGAUGAACCAGUACUUCUACAAGCUGGCUGGUGGUAUGUAGCCUGGGCAAGAGUGUCAGGACCUAGCAGUGAUUGUGGAUCUCAUGGACAGGCCUCUAUAACUACAGAUGAUGGUGUUGUAUUUCAGUUUAAAAGUUCCAAGAAAUCAAAUAAUGGUACAGAUGUUAAUGCAGGGCAGAUUCCGCAGUUACUAUACAGAUUGCCAACAAGUGAUGGCAGUGCAUCCAAAGGAAAACAGCAAACCAGUGAACCUGUACAUAUUUUAAAGAGAUCUUUUGCCAGAACUGUCUCAGUGGAAUGCUUUGAGUCUUUACUGAGCAUUCUUCACUGGAGUUGGACAACACUGGUGCUGGGAGUUGAGGAACUUCGUGGACUUAAGGGUUUCCAAUACACUGCUACUCUUUUGGAUUUAGAAAGGUUGCGUUUUGUGGGCACAUGCUGCCUGAGAUUGCUGAGGGUCUACACCUGUGAAAUAUAUCCAAUAUCAGCUUCAGCUAAGGCAGUUGUAGAAGAAACGAGCAAACUAGCAGAUUGCAUUGGAAAAACUAGGACCUUGUUGAGAAAAAUUUUAUCUGAAGGAGUUGAUCAUUGCAUGGUGAAGUUGGACAAUGAUCCACAAGGAUAUCUCAGUCAACCGCUCAGUCUUUUAGAAGCUGUUCUUCAGGAAUGCCAUAAUACAUUCACAGCUUGCUUUCAUUCAUUUUAUCCAACACCAGCUCUCCAGUGGGCAUGUCUUUGUGACUUGCUGAACUGUUUGGACCAGGACAUUCAGGAAGCAAACUUCAAAACCUCCAGCAGUCGCCUUCUUGCUGCAGUUAUGUCUGCUCUCUGCCAUACUUCAGUAAAGCUGACCUCUAUCUUUCCCAUUGCUUAUGAUGGAGAGGCGUUGCUGCGAUCAAUGGUUAAACAAGUCAGCACUGAGAAUGACUCUGCUCUGGCCCAUCGUUUUCCUCUUUUGGUUGCACACAUGGAAAAACUCAGUCAGAGUGAAGAAAAUGUUUCAGGGAUGACAAGCUUUCGCGAAGUGCUGGAAAAGAUGUUAGUCAUUGUUGUUCUACCAGUACGGAACAGCCUUAGAAGAGAAAAUGAACUUUUCUCUUCACAUCUGGUUUCUAAUACCUGUGGGUUGCUUGCUAGUAUUGUGAGUGAGCUUACAGCAUCAGCAUUAGGAUCUGAGGUUGAUGGGCUGAACUCUCUCCAUUCGGUCAAAUCCACUCCAAACCGAUUCACUAAAACAAGUCAGGGAAGAAGCUGGAAUACUGGGAAUGGAUCCCCUGAUGCAAUAUGUUUCUCUGUUGACAAAGCUGGUAUAGUUGUUGUAGGAUUUUCUGUUUAUGGUGGAGGAGGAAUUCAUGAAUAUGAGUUGGAGGUUUUAGUUGAUGAUAGCGAUCAUACUGGAGAUGCAACUCAUUCUCAUAGAUGGACGUCUUUAGAAUUGGUUAAAGGAACUUACACCACAGAUGAUUCUCCUAGUGACAUAGCUGAAAUCAGACUUGACAAAGUCGUGCCACUGAAGGAAAAUGUGAAAUACGCAGUUCGUUUGAGGAACUAUGGAAGCCGGACUGCCAAUGGAGAUGGCGGAAUGACCACAGUUCAGUGUCCAGACGGUGUAACAUUUACAUUUAGUACAUGCAGUCUGAGCAGUAAUGGCACUAACCAGACGCGAGGACAAAUUCCACAGAUUCUAUAUUACAGGAGUGAGUAUGAUGGAGAUCUGCAGUCACAGCUGUUGAACAAAGCUAAUGAAGAAGACAAAAAUUGUAGCAGGGCUCUUUCUGUCGUGAGUGCUGUUGUACGAGCAGCCAAAGACUUGUUACACAGGGCUCUUGCUGUAGAUGCUGAAGACAUUCCAGAAUUGCUCAGCUCUUCCAGUCUGUUUUCAAUGCUGCUUCCCCUCAUAAUAGCCUACAUAGGACCAGUAGCAGCAGCUAUUCCCAAGGUUGCUGUUGAGGUCUUUGGCCUAGUACAACAGCUACUUCCUUCUGUGGCAGUUCUGAAUCAGAAAUAUGCCCCUCCGGCUUUUAACCCAAAUCAGUCUACAGACAGCACCACUGGAAACCAACCAGAGCAAGGGCUUUCAGCUUGUACUACCUCCAAUCACUAUGCUGUUGUAGAAAGUGAGCACCCCUAUAAACCUGCCUCUGUUACACACUAUAAGGUGACUUUUCCUGAAUGUGUCAGGUGGAUAACAAUAGAGUUUGACACUCAGUGUGGCACUGCUCAGUCAGAGGAUGUUCUUCGUUUACUAAUUCCUGUCAGAAUUGCACAGAGCCUGGGAUUUGGACCAAAGCAUGCUUCUGUUCAUGAAAACCUUAAUUCAUGGAUAGAACUGAAAAAAUUCUCUGGAUCUUCAGGAUGGCCUACCAUGGUAUUAGUAUUGCCAGGAAAUGAAGCUCUUUUUUCCCUGGAGACUGCGUCAGACUAUGUAAAAGAUGAAAAAGCUUGUUUUUAUGGUUUCAAAUGUUACGCAAUUGGAUAUGAAUUUAGUCCAGGAUCUGAUGAGGGUAUUAUUCAGCUGGAGAAAGAACUGGCAAAUUUAGGAGGAUCAUGUGCAGCAGCUUUGAUGAAGAAAGAUCUAGCACUUCCUAUUGCAGGUAAUGAAUUUGAAGAGGAUCUUGAGAUAGUUGAAGAGGCCGCCUUACAGGUGUGCAAAUCUCACUCGGGCAUUCUUGGGAAAGGCUUGGCACUAUCUCACUCACCAACCAUUCUGGAAGCUCUUGAAGGAAGUCUUCCACUGCAGGUGCAAAGCAAUGAACAGUCAUUUCUGGAGGAUUUCAUUGCUUGUGUACCAGGAUCAAGUGGUGGGCGACUUGCAAGGUGGCUUCAGCCAGAUUCAUAUGCUGAUCCUCAAAAGACAUCAUUGAUUUUGAAUAAGGAUGACAUUCGAUGUGGUUGGCCAACUGUGAUUACAGUACAAACAAAAGACCAGUAUGGGGAUGUUGUUCAUGUUCCCAAUAUGAAGGUAGAAGUCAAAGCUAUUCCCGUUUCGCAGAAAAAAACAUCCUUGCAACAAGAGCAAGUUAAAAAGGUACAACGGAUACCAGGGAGUCCUGCAACAGCUGCUUCCCCUAGCAGUGAUAUGACCUUUGGAGGACUUCCUUCACCAAAGCUUGAUUCUUCCUACGAGCCAAUGAUAGUAAAAGAAGCUCGAUAUAUUGCUAUUACAAUGAUGAAGGCAUAUGAAAAUUAUUCCUUUGAAGAACUACGCUUUGCUUCACCAACACCAAAGAGACCCAGUGAAAACAUGUUGAUCAGAGUCAAUAAUGAUGGUACAUACUGUGCGAACUGGACUCCUGGAGCUGUUGGUCUCUAUACCAUUCAUGUUACUAUAGAUGGCAUUGAAAUAGAUGCUGGACUAGAAGUGAAAGUAAAAGAUCCUCCGAAGGGAAUGAUACCGCCUGGAACUCAACUUAUUAAACCAAAAGCAGAGCCUCAGCCAAACAAGGUUCGCAAAUUUGUGGCCAAGGACAGUGCAGGGCUUCGUAUCCGUAGCCACCCUUCCCUUCAGAGUGAGCAAAUAGGCAUAGUGAAAGUCAAUGGAUCCAUCACUUUCAUUGACGAGAUCCACAAUGAUGAUGGUGUUUGGCUGAGGCUGAAUGAUGAGACAAUAAAGAAGUAUGUUCCUAACAUGAAUGGUUACACUGAAGCCUGGUGUCUGUCUUUUAACCAACAUCUUGGCAAGAGCCUUCUGGUACCUGUUGACGAAUCUAGGUCUAAUGCUGAUGAUUUUUUCAAAGACCUAAAUUCGCACUGUCCACAGGAAGCAGUGAUGCAGGAACAAGAUAUGCCAUUCCUUCGAGGUGGACCUGGAGUGUACAAGGUAGUGAAGACUGGCCCAUCAGGUCACAACAUAAGAAGCUGCCCUAACCUUAGAGGUAUCCCAAUUGGAAUGUUAGUUCUGGGAAACAAAGUCAAGGCAGUGGGCGAGGUGACUAAUUCAGAAGGUACAUGGGUGCAAAUGGAUAAGAACAGCAUGGUAGAGUUCUGUGAAAGUGAUGAAGGCGAGGCAUGGUCAUUAGCUAGAGACAGAGGUGGAAACCAGUACCUCCGACACGAAGAUGAGCAAGUCCUCCUAGAUCAAAAUGUGCAGACUCCUCCCCCAAGUCCUUUUUCAAUACAAGCUUUCAGUAAGGGGACAAGCUGUAGUAAUGGACAAGGGUUUGAUUAUGGCCUUGGAAAUAACAAAGGUGACCAACUGAGUGCCAUACUGAAUUCCAUUCAGUCACGGCCAAAUCUCCCAGCUCCUUCCAUCUUUGAUCAAGCUGCAAAACCUCCCUCUUCCCUAGUCCACAGUCCAUUUGUGUUCGGACAGCCCCUUUCCUUCCAGCAACCUCAGCCACAGCUUCAGAGUGACCGAAUGAAUUUCACAGGAGCUGCUAGACCGGUUUCUCCAGCUGGAAAGACAGACACGCCAUCGAAGCACAGAGCUGACUGCAGGUCACCCAAACUUGAUGUGCGAAUGAACAGAGCUGUUGCUGACCAGAAGAAACCCAGAAAUACAGAAGGCUUAUCUGCCAGUGAGUGUCUUAUCCUGAAAUCAGAUGCUGCAAAGCUGCGGUCAGACUCGCACAGCAGGUCUUUGUCGCCAAAUCAUAACACUUUGCAAACACUAAAAACUGAUGGAAGAACAACAACUGGACUGAGAGCCGAAUCUCCAGGGCCAGGAACCCGGUCAUCUUCUCCAAAGACAAAGACGCUUACAGCUGUUAGAUCUGGUGCUAGUUCUCCACGAUCCUCAUCACCCCAUGACAAAACUCUACCUCAGAAACCUUCAUCCCCUGUAAAAACAAAGCUUGAUCCUCCUCGAGAACGCUCCAAAUCAGAUUCCUACACAUUAGAUCCAGACACCCUUCGCAAAAAGAAAGUGCCACUAACAGAACCCUUAAGGGGGAGGUCCACUUCACCUAAACCAAAAAUUAUUGCAAAAGAUGGAAAACCUGUUACAGAAACUGAAAACAGAGCUCCUUCCCCUCAUGUCGUACAAGAAAAUCUUCACAGUGAGGUAGUUGAAGUAUGUACUUCAAGUACUUUAAAGACUGACAGCAUUACAGAUACCACCUGUGAGGACAACACCGAAUUCAGAAGUCUGGACGAUGGUUCUAAUAAAGUUCAUUUCAGCAUAGGCAAAGCACCACUGAAGGAUGAGCAAGACAUGAGAGCAUCUCCAAAAGUGAGCCGUAAAUGUGCUGGUAGACACACAAGACCCAAAAAGGAAAAAUCCAACUUUCUUUUCAAAGGAGAUGGCUCCAAGCCCGUAGAGCCUGCCAAGCAAGCAAUGUCACCUUCUGUUGCAGAAUGUGCUAGAGCUGUAUUUGCUGCAUUUCUUUGGCAUGAAGGAAUAGUUCAUGAUGCUAUGGCAUGCUCGUCUUUUUUGAAGUUUAAUCCAGAACUGUCCAAAGAGCAUGCGCCCAUACGAAGCAGUCUUACUCAACAACCUGCAGAGGAAAAAGAAACGAAGUUGAAAAAUAGACAUUCAUUGGAAAUAUCAUCUGCUCUUAACAUGUUCAACAUCUCACCUCAUGGACCAGAUAUAUCUAAAAUGGGUAGCAUCAAUAAGAACAAAGUCCUCUCAAUGUUAAAAGAACCACCUCUGCAUGAAAAGUGUGAGGAUGGAAAAACUGAAACUACCUCCUUUGAAACAUCCGGUCAUCACACAAUAAAAUCCAAGUCUCCUCUUCCAUUAACACUGCAGCACUUAGUAGCUUUCUGGGAAGAUAUUUCUUUAGCAACUAUUAAAGCAGCUUCCCAAAACAUGAUUUUUCCAAGUCCUGGUUCUUGUGCAGUGUUAAAGAAGAAGGAAAGUGAGAAAGAUAACAAGAAAGCUAAGAAAGAGAAAAAGAAAAAGGAAAAGGUUGAGACUAGGCCAAGGGGAAAUCUUUUUGGUGAAAUGGCCCAGCUUGCAGUGGGAGGACCUGAAAAAGACACCAUCUGUGAGUUGUGUGGAGAAUCCCAUCCAUAUCCAGUGACUUACCACAUGAGACAAGCUCAUCCAGGUUGUGGCCGUUACGCAGGUGGCCAAGGUUACAACAGCAUUGGGCACUUCUGUGGAGGAUGGGCUGGCAAUUGUGGCGAUGGUGGUAUUGGAGGAAGCACUUGGUAUUUGGUUUGCGAUCGAUGCAGAGAAAAAUAUCUCCGUGAAAAGCAAGCAGCAGCAAGAGAGAAGGCAUCAUCAUGAAAAUUUUGUUGGGUACCAGGAUGACAACCUCUUCCAGGAUGAGAUGAGAUACUUGCGCUCAACUUCAGUACCUGCACCGUAUAUCUCAGUUACUCCUGAUGCAAGUC